AUGUCGGCCCCGCGCGGCGUCACGUCGCAGAUGGCGAACGAGGUCGACCGUAGCGCCCAGCGAGAGCAACCACCUUCUCUUACAGACCUUCCUUGGAACAAUCCCGCCGUGACGUACACACCCGCACACUACACGCGUCGAAAUCUGCUGCAGGACCGGCUUUUGCAGAGCAACGAAUAUCAUCGCCGGCGAGUCAGGGCAGUCAUUGAGUUCUCCAGAGAUUUAUUGAUGCGGCUUGGACAGAACCAGGACGAUGACGACCUGAUACUAUACAUGAUAUCCAAAGAUCGCCUUCACGACGCAUGGAUUGAUAUCUUCCUUACAACGCCUGACUACUAUCUGCAGAUGGCACCAGCUGAGAUUCAAGAAGUAUACCAUAAGCAGAUUGCAUCAAUGUCAAAUGGGGUAAAGAUCAACGAGGAGUAUACCCUGGGUCGACCGAGAAAGCGAAAAGCUUCUGAAACUGAGAACGGGGUCCAAGUACUUCGCACAGCUAAUGCAGUUAACAAUGCUGAAGGACAAGUGCAUGAGUCUGGUAAGCGAACCCACCACGAGAUCUCCGCACUGGCAGAAGAAUCACAGUCUCAGCAUCGCUCGUCACUACCCUCCGAGAGUCUACUUUCAGCUUGUUCGUCGCAGGAGCUGGACCGCAUCUUAGACAUGUUCAUGCCAGCUCUGAGCGCUCAAGUUGCUAUCCCCACACAUGAUCCGAUAGCGUCUGCGCCAGAGCCGGUGCUCAACGUGAUGGCGGUCGCACCGGCAGUGGUAGUAGCACCUCCAAGCCAGCCCGUGAUCCCGGUAGCUAUGCUUCCAACAGGCGUAGCCCCCCAGCCUGGCUUAGCGGACCCCAUUGCUGCUUACAUGGCUGGUAACCCCUUCAGAAACACACAAGAUAUCGCCGGUCAGGGAUGUGCAGGCAUUGCAAUGUCCCGUGGUCAGAUCCGUGCCUUUGUCGAGAUUCAAGGUAGACCAUUGGCAAGCCUUCCACCCGCGGCCAACUCCCACCAUCGUCAUGAGCUGAGGGGUGUGGCUCCACCAAAAACGGUUGAUCCUACCUUGAUCAACUGUGUCACGACUGCGCAGGAAAUUCUCACUACCGUGAACUACGAGCUUUGGGAUCGCAUUCGGAAGUCCUGGGCCCCAAAGGCGAUCGCUGAUCUCAUAGCCUAUGUUCGUCAGCUACGCUCGGGUAAGAGCUUCCACCGGACGACCUUCCACCACUAUCACGAUAACCGACCGGAAGACAUACCAGAGCAUACUUUCACCACGAACGUACCUUCAAACAUGUCACCGAGAGGGAAACUGGACAAAGAUGCCCGCACCUGGCCUCUUCACGACUACUUCCUUUACCAUCUGGGGGACGGAGUAGUGCAUUACCCCGCUGGUCGCAACGCACAGCUCAUGACGCACUGCGUUUGGCAUGUGCGGAAUGUAUCCCAUGACAUGGAUGUCAAGAUGUCGGAGAUCGUCCAGUAUGCAGCGAAGCACGGCAUAUACGUUCCCGCUGCGGAUCUGAUUCAGCCGGACACAAACGUGGUAUUGGAAGACACGCCUUCGCCGGCCUUCCUUGCUAUGAUCCACAAACAUUUUGUGAGCAAGUAUGGUAAAAGUUCUGGCGGCAUCUAG